AUGUCCGAAACUCCAAAUUCUGCCACGGACGACAGCAGAGCCGCUCGCGUCGUUGCCGACCAUCUUCCAGAUGGAUACACCGCCGAUAUAGACGGCGUACAUGCUGGUGAUGGCGGACCCAGAGGUCCAGGGGAGUCUGAGCCGGAGUCCUCGCUGAAACUCCAGGGUGGUGACAUUCAUCGUGAUCUUUUCAAGAUCCCACACAGAGCCAGACUGCAUCAACGUGCGGCUACUUUCUCCCAUCCGAAUGAGAUCUCCACCGACCUUGAAAAUGAAACGACCGUGGCAGAGCAGCUCGCCCCUGGAGGAUUCCGCCGAGAAUUCGUCCGGCAGAAGUACGGCCGUUUCAAUCCUGCUGCUAUUCCAGUCACUCGGAACUUCGUCGAAUUCUUGUCUCUCUACGGAAGUUUUGCUGGAGAAGAUCUCGAGGACACUGACGACGAUACGUCAACCCUUGAUGACGAGGAAGGAAGGGCAGCUGGUGAGAGGAGGCCGCUGCUUGGCCGCCGGCGGACCACCAUGGCAGCAAAGAUGGGCGAGGCCGGAACAACCAAGACAUUCUUCACCCUCUUGAAAGCCUUCAUCGGUACAGGAAUCAUGUUUCUGCCCAAGGCAUUCAACAACGGCGGCAUCUUGUUCUCGUCGAUGACACUGUUGACGGUCUCUGUUGUUACUACCUGGGCGUUCCACCUGCUGCUGCAGUGCCGGCAAGUCUACCAGAAGAGCGGCUACGGCGAACUUGGUCAAGCAAUUGGAGGUCCGAGAAUGAGAUCCAUCAUCCUGGCGUCUGUCACCAUCUCUCAGCUGGGUUUUGUCUGUGCUGGAACAGUCUUCGUCGCACAAAAUCUUCACUCCUUCGAAGUUGCCGUUAGGGAAGGAAGCGCUCCGCUGUCGACCAAUAUAUUGAUCGCCCUCCAGUUACUUGCAUUGAUCCCGCUUGCGUUCAUCCGCAACAUUUCCAAGCUUGGUCCGGCGGCAAUGCUGGCCGACGUUUUCAUUCUCCUCGGUCUCGCCUACAUAUAUUGGUACGACAUCUCCAGUCUCGUCGAGGAUGGUCUCAAUCCGACGGUUCAGCUGUUCAAUCCUCAGCACUACACACUCACCAUCGGCUCUGCAAUCUUCACAUUCGAAGGAAUCGGCCUCAUUCUUCCAAUCCAAUCGUCCAUGCAACAUCCCGAAAAGUUCGAGCCUCUUCUCUGGGUCAUCAUGCUCAUCAACACCAUCAUUUUCACCUCCAUCGGGGCACUUUGCUAUGCGACUUUUGGCGAGGCGACGAAAAUCGAAGUUAUUUCCAACUUUCCUCAAAGCAGCAGACUCGUCAACGCCGUGCAGUUUCUGUACGCCAUCGCUGUUAUGGCCGGUACACCCGUUCAGCUGUUCCCGGCUCUCCGCAUCCUUGAGGGCAAGGUAUUUGGUCGCCGCUCUGGGAAAAGAGACACAUUUACCAAGUGGAAGAAGAACGGGUUCCGAACUGUCCUUGUCGUCAUCUGUGCUUUGAUCGCCAUUCUUGGGUCCAGCAACCUCGACACCUUCGUGGCACUCAUUGGUUCCAUCUGUUGCGUACCACUAGUCUACAUCUACCCUCCUCUUCUACAUUACAAGGGGAUCGCAAAAACAACUCGAGAAAAGGCCGCGGAUGCUCUCUUGAUGAUUCUGGGCAUCGCAUGCAUGAUCUACACUGCUACCAUCACCAUCGUCACCAGUUUCUCCUAG